GCAUUUAAAUCAAAAGUCGGAGAUUUCCGAGUUCCUAGAUGUUUUGAAUGGGGAAAAUGCCCACGCUAAAUCGUCUCAAAACAAAAGUGACAUGUAAUUAAGCACAUAGAGUAAUGAGUAGGAUUCUUAGUUUUUUCAAAAGUGAUUGAUUUUGAUAAAACGGGUAAUCUGCCUUCCAAAUGAAAACUAGUUAGACAAUUAAAACAGAUUUUAUGGAAAUAGAUGUUUUGUUGAGAACAUGACCACGUGGCGCAGAUUAUUGUUCGAUUUGAGAAGGGCACUCAUCCCGUUCAUAUCACGGGCCAUAGCCCGGUGCCCCGCGGCUCCAUGAUCGGGUCCGCCCAAUCAUUGGAGCGGAGCAUGAUUGGGAGCCUGAUAUUUUACGGGCUUUACCCGUUAACACGGCUAAUAAACUGCGUCACAGUACCCUUGAAAAAGGGUCGCUCUGUGUCCAUUAAUGGCAAGAAGGUGUGGGAUGGUGAAGUCCCUAACAAAAGAUUUACUAAAACGCAGGCAGGCCUGCUGGAUCCGUGGCUCAGUACAAGCAGCGGGCCCCCAAAGGCCAAGAAGGAUCCCGGUGCACUAGAAAAGGAGAAGAGUAAAGGGGUGGAGAUGAAGAAAAGCACUGUGAAAGAGGUGAUGGGGUCUGAACCAGAGAAAGACAGGAAAGAGCCUGUAUUAGUAACUCUGGAGGUUCGGCUGCUUGGUGGAGUGAAGGAAGAGGAGCCAGAGGUGAGAGACGGCGUGGAGGAGGACUGGGUCAGAGAGGAAGGUCAAAAGCACCAGGAGCAGACUAUCCUCUACUCAGAGAAGCUCAUGAGGGAUGAUGGCGUGCAGGAGGCUCCCUGUUCUCCCACAGAGGAGUCUGAGAACAGUAACCUAGCGCUGGAGCUAACAGAGACAUCUGAAGUACAGAAUCCAUCAGUCAAGGACAGCAGGACAACAGACGAUAAAGCGAUGGUCCAUGUCCUGUUAGAACAGAUAGUGGAAAAUAUGAGCAAGGGAGAGUCAGUAACCAAUGCCCAGGUGCAAAAACCGGAGUGGGAGAGCCAGACUGCAGCAGGACUAGACUUGAGCUAUUUUGUAGACCCACAUGCAAGCACUAGUGAAGUGCCUGCUGAGAUAUGGGAUCCUGGGCUGGACCUGGUCUCCCUUCUCUGUGAGGCAGAGGCCCAGACACAGCCAUGGGAGAGUAGGGCUCAGCCCCCACCCAAGGGCUGGCAUUUCCCCAUCGGCCCUGGCCUGGAAGAGGUGUUGUUCUGCCCUUCCACAGCGUUCCCAAGCAUGAGCUACUACCCACAUUCACUGGAGAGAGAGACCUUCGAAGUGGUGUGGAGGGUGUGGGAGGAACUCAGUGAGACCCACACAGCGCCAGAGCCUCCCCAGAGGACCCCCUCAGAGCCCCGGCCCCUGUUUGACUUCACUGUGAUGUCUUACAACAUCCUGGCCCAGGAUCUGCUGGAGGCCAACCAGGAGCUGUACACACACUGCCCUCUAGGGGUGUUGAGCUGGGACUACCGCUUCCCAAACCUCACACAGGAGUUCAAGAAAUGGGAACCAGAUAUCCUGUGUCUGCAAGAGGUCCAGGAGAACCACUUUACAGAGCAACUCCAUCCUGUCCUUCGUGACAUGGGCUACACCUGUGUUUACAAGCGGCGCACCGGCACCAAGACUGACGGCUGUGUGGUUUGUUACCGCGGCGACCGUUUCUCCCAGGUGUCAGAGAGUCUGCUGGAGUUCUACAGGCCAGAGUGUGAGCUGCUGGACCGAGACAACGUGGGCAUUGUCCUGCUGCUCCAGCCAAUUAUCACACAGGGGUCAGAAGUCACUGCCAAGGGCCCACCCCUCUGUGUGGCAACCACCCACCUCCUGUUCAACACCAGGAGGGGUGACGUGAAGCUGACCCAGCUUGCAAUGCUGCUGGCAGAGAUCGACUACAUCGUGAGGAACUGCAAGGUGAAGGGAGAGCACUGCAAUGUUGUUCUAUGUGGGGACUUCAAUGCUCUGCCCAACAUGCCGCUGUACCAACUGAUCACGACAAGACAGCUUUACUAUCAUGGUCUACCUGCCUGGAUGAUAUCAGGUCAAGAGGACCUGUCCUACAACAUCCAUCAUAGGAGGGUAUUCGCUCCACUUUGGCCAAGCACCGUGGGCAUCGAUGACAACUGCCAGUACACAACUGUAAAUGAGCCAAAGAGUCAAGUCACGUCAACCCAGAGUCCAGAACGGAACCUGCAGUACAACCAUGGCUUCCUGCGUCGGCUGCGUUUCUGUGAGGCUGCCUGUGUCCGGCCACAGGACCUGGAGCUCAUCCCAGGGGUCACUGACAACACACCUGAUCCCGAGGACAAGCAUCCUUAUACAACAAGGUUCAGACAGACUAUCUCCCAUUACCUGAACCUGCGGUCAGCCUACGGCCACUUCAUACCUGGAACAGACCGUGCUGAGGUGACCACGCUGCACUCCGAGGUUGGAGCUACGGUCGACUACAUCUUCUACUCUCCAAGGCGUGGCAUUUCUAGUGCUGAUCAGAAAGGUGGAGGUCAACGGCAGAGCGAAGGUCUGAAGCUGCUUGGUCGUCUCUCCCUCCUACCAGAGGAGGACCUCUGGUCAAUGAACGGUUUACCCAAUGAAAUGUUCCCUUCAGACCACCUCAGUCUCCUGGCCAAGUUCCAGCUGGACCUGAACCCUGUGUGAUUUGGGCUGUCUAUGGUCAAUGAAGAAUCAGGAGGACAGAGGUCAAGCAUUUAAACAUUUUUGUUCAAACCUUACAUGAUUUGCCCAUGGCACAAUUCCAUGUUUAAAAGUAAAUAAUUGUACUUACUUGGUUCCUGGGGCUCACAGACAGUUUUGAGUCCCAUCUAAUACUCUGCUUGUUUCCUACCUGAAGAAAAACUACUCAGCCCAAUUUCCAGAGGAGAUGGGAUGUCCUCUGAAUGAUCAUUUUUGUUUACAUGUAUAGAGAGAGAAAAAGAACCUAAAAGGUUAGAUUCAGUUAGAGUUGGAGUUUAUUUGACAAAUGCUCUUACUGUUAAGAUAUGAAUACAAGAAGAUUUUAGAUGUAAAAAUGUUUUAUGGGGAUUUUGUUUGCUCCGUUUUCACAAUCUGCUACACUAGUAAAUUGGAACAUUUGUCUUAAAACAUUUACAAACGGUGAAAUAAUUGAAUGUCAAUGUUUUCUAUAUAUUUUGUGUUGUUUUUCCCCUUAUCCUCUGGCUUUGGGCCAGUCAGUAUUAUUUGUUCAAAUGGUAGAAAUCUUGAAUAAAUCUAACAAUAGCUUGGCAGUCUAAUUCAGGUGAUCUACAUCAUCUUUUGGUGUUAAGAUUGUGACCUGAAUGUUGGCAGUGCCACACUGAGAUGGAAGAUCUCUCGCUCCACUGAGGCACUCUGUCUGUCAAGGAGAAGAUGUGUGUGGCUGGCUGAGGCAUGAAUCAAUUAUUCAUUCAGAUUGCAGGGAGGGAGCGUUCAUGCAUGCUAGGGCACUGUCGGGGCUUCUCUGUGUGUGUGUGUGUGUACACUGCAGUCUAGACCAGGGUUUUCCCAACUCAGUCCUACGACUCCCCCUGGGUGCACGUUUUUGCCCUAGCCAUACAUGGCUGAUUCAAAUAAUCAACUUGAGUUGGUUAUUUGAAUCAGCUGUGUAGUGCUAGGGCAAAAACCAAAAGGUACACCUGGCAGGGGGGUCUCAGGACUGAGUUUGGGAAACCCUGGUCUAGAGGAACAGCCAACAGACUCCUGUCAACACUAAGACCUCUAGUUAUAGCUCACUGGAAUGGCACAAAUGUCAAGGUCUGACACUUCCUUUAGUCUAACUACAAUAAAUCAGUAGGUGUUCUCUCUC